AUGAAGGCAAUUGCGCAUCGACUGCGCGGGCGUCGCACUGGUCGAAGAGACGAAGGUCUCGCUAACGAGACGGGCUUUCGAUUCGAGGAGGCAGUUCAGUAUGGCGAUACACGGAAGCCGAACCAACAGAGAGCGGGUGGAGACCACUUAACGUUAAGUCAUGAACAUCAAAAGGACAAUCGGCGCAUGAAUGGACACCUUCAUUGCAAGGAUGGCGAUAGCAUUUAUAACGCGAGUACAUCAUCUCUAGAAAGCUCACAGUUGCAUCAGCCUAUCACUAGGACUCACUCCGAAUCACAAGGGGAUGAAGCAUCAGCGCUACGGUCCCACAGCGCACCCUCCGGUAAUCCAGCUAUCCGAAGGUCGGUCUCAUCGACCAACAGCCACAGUUCAAGCGCUGGGCGAUGUACUACAUCCAGAUAUGGCGAUUGCGCUCCCUUUGUCGCCACAAACGCUUUGAAGGUCGAUGAGACAGUAGAAUUCGGACACAGCGGUUAUUUGAUGACCAAGAGCGAUCUUGAUGGGGUAGACAAGUACUUUUACUUUACACUACGUCAUCAUCCGAAGCUUUAUAAGUGCGAAAAUGAGACGUCUUUUAAGCUGUGGCUGAAGUCAGGGCAUACACUGGACGAUCGCAGCGAAAAUGCCAGUACGAAGACAAUUGGGCCGGAUCCAGUACUGAUGGGCACUAUAUUGCGUGCGAAUAUAAUGUUUGAGGAAGAUGAAGACGAUAAACGUUUUUCAGUUAUUAUUGGGUCGGCAUCCAGGUGUAUUACAUUAGAUUUCAUAGUAGAAGAUGGAGGAAGCGCAACGCAGUGGGUCGAUGCGCUACAGGAGAUUCAAAUCACUAAGCAACAUAGCAGCGAACAUCCAUGCAUGCUGGGAUCUGCGUUGGAUAAACGAAUGCUACUCUCUUUAGACGAGCACGAUGCGUUGCGAAGAGCUGACUCAAUGUCUUCUUUUACAGAAUCGAUUAGUGAAUAUAGAGAUGUGGCCGGAAAAAACAUAGCACACGAAGACCGUGAGUCAUUGGCACCGAAGGUUACGUCUUUAUCCGAUGCAAGGAUGUCAUACGUGCCUUCAGGCAAGACUCGAUCAGAUUCAUUGACUGACGAGGCCAUAUCUGUUUUGACACCUACAUCAAAUAUAGGGGUUUCCCCGACAUCGACAUCGACGACAUCUGAGGAUAUUGAUCGACUCUUAGUUUCUCGAGGACGAGCCGGCUCGAACUGUUCGAGUCAUUCGCUUUAUGCAUCGCGCGCACAUCGAAUGGACUCAGUAGCAUCUAACUCCUCAACGACGUCGAUACAAUCGCAGCGCAAUAUCGCUGGCAAUGUUCUCCUCUUUGUACCUGUCGCUGGGUCGUCUCUUACAGUGUCUGCAUCCAAACUGGCAAAGGCUAAACAGGAACUCGAUGCACUCGUUGCAAAUGGUGCUAGGUUACCGUCGCGUCUGAUGCAUGGCACCGUAAGUGGUGAAACCAUUGAAUGGCGUUAUGGCUACCCGGAGUAUGUACUUACUGAUUUGGCGUAUGCAAAGGGUUGUUUACGUCGGUCAGAAACCGCCUCUCUUGCUGCGUAUGUGGAAGAGGGUUGCCAAACAUUUGUCAUGGAGGCGACACAUAAAUCUCGCUAUGAUCAGUGGAAUAGUGUGGAUCAAGCAAGCUUUUAUCUGCAAAUUAAUGAUGGCCUGCAGGUGCCUGGGUCAUCCAUUCUCGAAAAUGACAUGUUUGGGCUCCUCUAUCUAGGCGACGCUGUGCCGUGUACAGACACAGCGUGCGAAGAAUGUGAAGAACAUCAGGAUCCUCGUGUGGUGCUUACUGAAGCCUUCCCAGACGGUUUUCCCAUGGAGGUGCUAGACGUCUUUACUCAGCCUCCCCAAUGCUACUUUUCGUGGCGACACUGGGGACCGUUCACAGGCAAGUAUAAAGGCAUCAAGGGUGAUGGACGCAAGGUAGAGAUGCGCGGGUUCGGUGAAAUGACGUUUAAAACUAGUCGCAUCGAAAGUUUGCGACUUUUUUACAAUCAAAAAGAUACAUUCAAUGGUCUUCAACAUGCUAUUGACCGCGUGGUGCGAACACGUCGAGAUACUGCCACUGCAUUUGAUUAUAAUUUGAGUUAUGGUCGAAAGGUGCGCUCUACAUCGACCAUUAGCGCUCCGGUGAGGCGAAAGGGAUCAGCCCCCAACCCCAAAACUUGUGAGAUAGUGGAAGAGCUCGCUAAUUUCACAAUCGAGGCGAAGAAGCAGCACCGAAAGCAGACACAAUAG